AUGGUCAACUUCCUCACUACUGUCAUCGGUAUAUUUUCACGCGCUUUUAAUGGAUUGAUUGCCCUUUCUCCUUGGAUCUGGUUUGCUAUCUGGCUCGAAAUUCGGGACAUAUUCUAUCUUACCGCAAACCUUUUCCGCCCCAGUCGUCGCGUUGGAAGCGUUGUGCCUCUUGGCCAUCCAGGCCAUGGUGGGAUAUGGCCGAAAUUCCUACCCCCAACCCAAGGCAAAGAGAGCCGAUCCCCGUGUCCCGGACUCAACUGCCUUGCCAACCAUAAUAUCUUGCCCCACGAUGGCAGAAAAAUCACCUAUGGCCAGCUUUCAUAUGCAAUCCAGCACGCAUUUAACCUUUCACCAACACUUGCCGACCAACUCACUGCCUCUGCUAAACUGCUCGACCAAGGACGAGGUUGGAUUGAUUUGCAUGAUCUCAAUGCAUUGAACGUUGUCCAACACGAUGCCUCGAUCACUCGCCCUGACAUCGCCUUUUGCCCCGACCAAGGCUACCCGCACCCCGAUCUCGUGGAGAGGUUCCUCACCUACUCGUCAAACGGAGUAUCCCUCUCAAUUGGUGACAUUUCAAACGCCUCCGGUAAUCGCCGCGCCGAGUGCAAACGCAGCAAUGGCCAAUACUCAAUGACGGGGAACUUCCUUCACGAGUUUAUUGGCUCUGGGGGCGGCGAACUGAUUUACUCGAUUUUCGGUGGCGAUGUCAAAGACCUGCGCGUCUUUCUCAGUGAGGAGCGCUUUCCAGAAGGGUGGGAGCCGAAGACCAGAGAAGCGUUCGGGCAUACUAUCACAAAAGCACAAUGGAUAUCCCUCAUCAUUGAAUUCAAUAUCAGUGAGACGCAAGACUGGCCUGGGGAUAUUGUUUAUUAUCAGAAUGAGCUUUAG